AACCCCUGCCAUGGGCAGGGCCUGGCCAGGGUAUAAAUAGGACAGACCGCUGGGCUCUCCCCACUCUGCCUCCCUGCUCACCCUCUCUUCUCGUCUCCUCCUCUCAGCCUGAUCCCGACUCCCACCAUGGCGUGCCCCCUGGAGAAGGCUCUGGAUGUGAUGGUGUCCACCUUCCACAAAUACUCGGGCAAGGAGGGCGACAAGUUCAAGCUCAACAAGUCAGAGCUAAAGGAGCUGCUGACCCGGGAGCUGCCCAGCUUCUUAGGGAAAAGGACGGACGAUGCGGCCUUUCAGAGGCUGAUGAGCAACCUGGACAGCAACAAGGACAGCGAGGUGGACUUCCAGGAGUACUGUGUCUUCCUGUCCUGCGUUGCCAUGAUGUGCAACGAGUUCUUCGAAGGUUUCCCGGAUAAGCAGCCCCGGAAGAAGUGAAUGCCUGUCAUGCGGGUGGGGGGCCUGCCAGCUGGGGUCUCACCGGUUGGCAGUGGCCACAGGGCCUUACCUUGGCACCAGCAGGUGUGUGCACGAUGUGGACAAGUUCAAUAAAGAUUCUUGGAAGCUUUGA